UGAUCAUCGACUAUGGUGUCGGAACUGUGUCUGCGGAUCAGCCUUAUUUCCUUUCCCUUGGCACCCCUUGCCUUCACCACCCCUGAGGUACUGACCUGUCGUCCCUUCUCUCUAUCCUCAGCGCUCCACUGCCACAGGCAAACACGCCGAUGGCGGUAAGAAAGAGUAGAUCAAGCCUCAUUGUCGCGAGUGGCUGGGUUUGAUUUUGGCCGAUUUUGCUGGUAAAAUGUGCACUGCAACCCACGAAAUAAACCUGGCCUCCUAGAUUUCUACUCGGCGGAAUUUAUGUCUCGAAGCACAUUCCUGCCAAGUCACAUUCCACAAUAUGGAUUCGCGUCACAGACCAAGGUAAUCUCGACUCGCGUAUGAUGGCUUCCUCGACGAUAUCCUCGAGAGAUAUAGCAUACGUACUUCUUGAGCUGGAGCACGCGUUCCCUCUCCAGAAGUGUACAGCAAGAUGUGGCCCUCUUACACCGCCGCCUGGCUCUAUGCGGCCCUGCUUGUGGGCUUUGCGAACGCCCAAUCGACGUACUGGCUUGCAAAUAAGCCGAAUGUUGGCAAAGUCGCGUUUCAAGACCCCAGCUAUCCAGUCUUUCGCAAUGUAAAAGACUACGGGGCGCGUGGCGACGGCAUCCAAGACGACUCAGACGCUAUCAAUAAUGCAAUCGCGGCGCCUGGGAGUCUCAGUACUAUAACCUCUCGGCUUGGAGGUCGCUGCGGUGGAGGCAACUCGACGUAUGGAUCCUUUUGCCAGUCAUCCACGAUAACACCAGCUUUGGUUUAUUUCCCUCCUGGUACAUACCUCGUUUCCAAGCCACUCAUCAUGUUCUACAUGACACAGAUGGUCGGAGAUGCCGUCACUCCGCCCACAAUCAAGGUCGCCGCCAACUACACCAAUCUGAUUGGUUUAGCUGUGAUGGACGCAGACAUAUAUAUUCCAAGUGGUAGUGGAGGAGAGUGGUACGCCAAUCAAAACAACUUCUACCGACAGAUCCGAAAUUUCAUCAUCGAUAUGACGAUUGCUCCAUUGAAGACAGCGGGAAUCCACUGGCAAGUCGCUCAAGCAACUAGUCUGCAGAACAUCGUGAUCAAUAUGGCUCCAAAAGACGUCGUCAAUAACGCGCAACAAGGCAUAUAUAUGGAGAACGGCUCUGGGGGCUUCUUCUCUGACGUUUCUGUCACUGGCGGUUCCAUAGGAAUGUAUCUUGGGAACCAGCAGUUUACGACCCGAAAACUCUCAUUUGACGGCUGUGCUACAGCGAUCAAGAUGAACUUCGAUUGGCUAUGGGUGUUCACGCAGGUCACCAUCACCAAUUCUGACGUUGGUAUCGACAUGACCAAUGGUGGCUUCUCAAACCAGGCCACCGGUUCGCUUGUGUUGCUUGACAGUGUCAUAUCUGCCACCCAAGGCGUGUUAACCCCUUACGCUCCGGGCUACAGCUCGCCUCAGGCUGCUGGUACUUUGGUAAUUGAGAGAGUCGACUUCACCGGGAGUGCAGCCGCCAUCUCCGCUGCAGGUGGUACUCAAGCUAGAACUGUGCUUGCUGGUGGUCAAUUCGUCGACCUGUUUGCUCAAGGAAAUGCUUGGACUACCGCUGGACAGGCUCUUGACGGACAGAAUUUCAAUGGUACUACUUGUACUUACGCAAACUCGAGUCAAACCGCCUAUUCUGCUCAGGAGACUACCAUUCAGAGAAAACUAGCACCAGUUCCGCGCCCAUCCAAUUUGGUUGACAGCAAUGGUCAGUAUGUCUACCGCGUCAAGCCGCAAUAUGAGAAUCUUCAAUGGAGCUCCUUUAUGAGCGCAAAAGCCAACGGUCUUGCCGGUGAUGGCACUACAGAUGAUACCGUGGCUAUGCAAAACCUGUUCAACAUUGCUGCAAACACGGGGAAAGUGGUGUAUUUUGACAGAGGUGCAUAUAUCAUCACAAGCACAAUCUUCGUACCGCCAACCCUGAAAAUCACGGGAGAAAUGCUGUCCGUCAUCAUGGCCACGGGAUCCUUCUUCGGCGAUCAACUCAAUCCACAGCCAGUAUGGCAGAUUGGCAAUCCAGGCGACAUAGGCACGGUCGAAAUUUCCGAUCUCAUGUUUGAGACCAGGGGACCCUGUCCUGGCGCCAUUAUUAUACAGUGGAACAUCAAAGCUCAAGGUCCAGCACUGGCCGGCAUGUGGGAUGCACACUGGCGUAUCGGUGGUUCUGCUGGAACAGACUUACAACAGGACAAAUGCAUCAAGACGCCGGGCACGCCGAUAGCAUCAGGAAAUCCGGUCCUCUCCGACUGCAUCGGCGCCUUCUUGCUUCUCCACGUCACGCCUGAAGCGGAUGGCUAUUUUGAGAAUACAUGGGGCUGGGUGGCCGACCAUGAACUCGACAUGACCACGCGCGAUCAAAUCUACAUUUUCAACAAAGCAGGCCUCCUAUUCGAAUCCGCCGAGGGUCCCGUCUGGCUCUACGGCACUGCGGCCGAACAUUCAGUCAUGUACGACUACCAAUUCGCCAACACGAAGAACGUGUUCAUGGGCCACAUCCAGCAUGAAACGGCGUAUUUCCAGGGCAACCCAGACGCCCUGCAUUCGCCCUUCACGCCGCAGAGCACCUGGAACGACCCGACAUACGCGGACUGCACGGCGACGAACUGUGCCAGGACUUGGGGUUUAAGAUUGCUCAAUUCUUCCAGUAUCUUCAUGUACGGCGGCGGCCUGUAUAAUUUCUUCGAGAACUGGAACACGCAAGCGUGCUUGGGCACGGAGAGUUGUCAAGAGCGCAUGGUCGACAUCCAGAAUUGCACCGACGUUUACCUCUGGGCGCUCAGCACCAAGGGGAGUCAAUUCAUGAUCAGCUAUGAGGGGACAGACGUCGUGCCGUACAGCGUGAACCGGGCAAACUUUUGUGAGACGAUUGUCUUGUUUGAGUUGGCCGAGUCGCAGUAAGCAGCACCCAGAAGAGGGUUCUGUCUGGUGGUGGAGAUUGAUGCUGGUGGCUGGCUUCUGAGAGAGUGUGAGGCGAAAGAGGGGGUUUUGGGUCGAUGCAGACGGGAGGAUGUGAGGACUGAUAUAAGUGGUAGCCUGGUUGAUCUAUCAAUUGCACAAUCUGUUAGAAUGACCUGGAGAAUGAAUGAUAUGAGUGAAAGGC